UUGAAAGAUAAUAAAACAAAGAGAGGGUGGAAAGGAGUGAUGGGUUAGCUGUGGCUCCAAUUCCUACACGAACAUCAUCCUCAAAUUUGCCCAAAACCAAUUUACUUAAUCACAAAGCGUACUAUAGAAAGCACAUUCAUUAUCAAGAACACCCAAUUGGAGUAACAGUUAAUUCAAAAUUCCAAUGGAGCUAUGCAGAGUACCAGCUGCUACUACUGCAUUUGCAUGGACAAAUUCCAUCUCCUCUACCCUUCAACUCCCUCAAACUCUCUUUGUAGGAGGUGGGUCUAAAAGAUUCAGAGUUUGGUGUGUGAAUGGAAACAUUGAGUCUCAGAAGGAAAGUCAGAUGGUUGUAUCAAUUACUGGAGCUACUGGAUUUAUUGGGAAAAGAUUGGUGCAAAGAUUGCAAGCAGAUAAGCAUCAGAUUCGAGUGUUAACAAGGUCAAGAUCCAAAGCACAAUCAUUAUUUCCGGUUAAAGAUUUUCCAGGACUUGUAAUUGCUGAGGAGCCAGAGUGGAGAAACUGCAUUGAAGGUUCAACAGCUGUUGUAAAUUUGGCUGGAAUGCCCAUUAGUACUAGAUGGUCCCCUGAGAUCAAGAAAGAGAUCAAGCAAAGCAGGAUUAGAGUAACCUCCAAGGUUGUGGAUUUAAUCAAUAAUUCACAGGAUGAUGAUCGCCCCAAAGUUUUAAUAAGUGCAUCAGCAGUUGGUUAUUAUGGAACCAGUGAGACUCGAGUGUUUGAUGAGCAAAGUCCGUCUGGAAAUGACUACUUAGCUGAGGUUUGUAGAGAAUGGGAGGGAGCUGCACUCAAAGUCAAUAAAGAUGUCAGGCUUGCUCUAAUUCGCAUUGGUGUUGUCCUUGGAAAAGAUGGUGGUGCUUUAGCUAAAAUGAUCCCAAUCUUCAUGAUGUUUGCUGGGGGACCUUUGGGGUCUGGAAACCAAUGGUUUUCAUGGAUUCAUUUGGACGACCUUGUAGAUCUAAUAUAUGAAGCUCUAUCCAAUCCAUCCUAUAAAGGGGUGAUUAAUGGAACAGCGCCAAAUCCUGUUAGGCUGGCAGAAAUGUGUGAACAACUGGGAUCUGUUUUAGGGCGACCUUCAUGGCUACCAGUACCAGAAAUUGCACUCAAAGCUGUCCUUGGAGAGGGUGCAUCUGUGGUGUUGGAUGGGCAGAAGGUGGUUCCAACGAGGGCCAAGGAGUUGGGUUUUCCAUUCAAAUACCGAUAUAUCAAAGAUGCUCUGAAAGCAAUCAUGUCAUGAGACCAUCAAUCAUCAACCAAUUUUCUAUCUAUACAUCUUGAAGUUGUCAACUUCAUAGGGUCCAAAAGAGUAUUGAGUUAAUGCAUUUCAAUGGCGUGGGAGAAAAGUGAAGAAACAAAUAACUGUUCUCUUCCUUGUCUGGGCGUAUCACUUUUUCCUCAUUUUUUUGUAAGUCAUAAUUCAAUUUGUAAACAUCAAGCCCGUUUGAAAAGUAUGCGCACCUUCAUACCGGUCGGUGGCAAAGCCAGGAAAUUCAAUAAGGGUGUUCAAAUUUUGAACACUCUUUGCCAGUGUGCUAUGCAAGGA